CCUGCCGGCCGGGAACAUGGAGGGGAAGGAGGAGGAGCUUAAAAGAGAUCACUGGGCCCCAGUUGGCUAUGACUGAGGACUUUGUGACCCUCAAGGACGUCGCCAUGGACUUCACCUGUGAAGACUGGGAGCACCUGGGGCUGGACCAGGAGGGCUUGUUCUGGGACAUGGCACUGGACAACUACCAGGACCUCUUCCUGCUGAACCCCUCAAAACCCAAUCUGACCUCCCACCCAGAUGACAGAGAAGAGCUGGAGGCCUUGGUGAGAGGAAGCCCAGAAGCAACCCCUGACGUAGCUGAGACCAAGAACUCUCCUCUGAAGCAGGAUUUCUUAGAAGAAGAUCUCUCCCAGGAGAUUAUAGAGACAUUUUCCAAGGAUGGCCUCUGGAACUACAAUUUUGGAGAAGCCUGUAUAGGUGAGAGCUGGUUAGAUAGUUUGUUAGAAGAUCCAGAAAAUCUUCUGAGGUCUGAUACCAUCACCAACAUGGAAAGUCCCACAGAAUGUGAGAGUCACGAAUCCAGGAGAGGCCUCAGUCCUGUGUCCCUCCUUUCCACAGGAGAAGAUUCCAUGAUACAUAAUCUUUCCGAAAAGAGCCUCACACCAGCUCAGUCUAAGGAGCAUAGGAGUGACUUUGGCUACUACUCAGACCAAAGCCAGCCAGAUUCUGUCCAGGGAGAGGAGAAAACAUACAAAUGUAGCGAAUGUGGAAAAAGCUUCAGCCAGAGUUACCAUCUUAUCCAGCACUGGAUUAUUCAUACUAGAGAGAAACCCAGUGUGCCUCAAGAAUAUGAAAUAAGUUUCAACCAGAGUUCUUACCUUUUUGUGCAUCCAGUGACUCACGUGAGCUACAAAUCCUAUGUGUGUAAUGACUGUGGGAAAACGUUUAGUCAGAAUAAACACCUUCUGCAGCAUCAGAAAACUCACACUAGAGAAAAACUGUGUGGGAGUCAAGACGGUGACCAUCUACUCAGUCACAGUGCACAGCCUGUUGAGCGUCAGAAAACUCACACAGGUAGUAAGUCCUACAAAUGUAAUGAAUGUGGCAGGAUUUUCAACCGGACCUUUCAUCUUACUCGACACCAGAAGACCCACACUCGGAAACGCCACGAAUGUGCCAAAUGCCAGGCAACCUUCAGUUUGAGCAAACACCUCAUUCGACAUCAGAAAACUCAUAUUGCAAAAACUACCUCUGAGUGUCAGGAGUGCGGGAAGACCUUCAGGAAGAAUUCACUGCUCAUCAAACACCAGGCUAUUCAUACUGGAGAGAAGCCUUUUAAGUGUAAUGAAUGUGGGAAACUCUUCAGCCAUACCACUACACUAAAGAUCCAUCAAAGGGUUCAUAGUGGAGAGAAACCUUACAAAUGCAGUGAAUGUGGGAAAGCCUUCUUCCGGAACACUCACCUUAAUGAACAUCAGCGAAUUCAUACUGGCUACAGACCCCACAAAUGUCAGGAAUGUGUCAGGAGUUUUAGCCGGCCCUCACACCUAAUUCGACAUCAGGCCAUUCAUGCCACAGAAAAGCCCUUCAGCUGUGCUGAAUGCAAGAAGACCUUCAGCCAUAACAAACAGCUUGUUCAGCACCAGAAAAUGCACACUAUGAAAACCUCCUUUGAAUGUCUGGAGUGUGGAGAACGCUUCAUUUGUAGCUCAACCCUGAAUUGCCACCAGAGCAUUCACGUCAGAGAAAAGCAAGGAUCUGACGUGAGUGAGAAAAUCUUGGAUCAGAACCCAGAACACAAAAAGCAUCUAAGGCUUAGCGAGAAGCACUUUAAGUGCAACAAAUGUGAGAAAACCUUUAGCUGCAACAAAUACCUCACUCAGCAUGAGAGGAUUCACAGCAGGGUGAAGCCAUUUCAGUGUGACCAGUGUGAAAAAGCUUUUGGUCAAAGUUCUCAGCUGAUUCAUCAUCAAAGAAUCCACUCUGGGUCGAGGCCAUAUGAAUGUAGUGAGCUUGGGGAAGCCAUCACCAACAGCACUUCCGUGGUGAAACUUCAGUCCUCCCACACAAAUGAACAACCCUUUAAAUGUAACAAAUGUGGAAAGACAUUCAGCCAAAGCACAUGCCUCUCAGAACAUCAGUUAAUUCACACUAAAGAGAAACCCUUUAAAUGUAGCGAAUGUGACAAAGUCUUCACCCAGAUUAACUACCUUGUUCAGCAUCGGAGGACUCACACCAGAAAGAAGCCCUAUGAGUGCAGCGAAUGUGGGAAAACAUUCCAGCAGAGCUCAUGCUUUUCUAAGCAUCAGAGAGUUCACACAGGUGAGAAGCCCUAUGAAUGUGGUGACUGUGGAAAAGCCUUUAGCCUGGGCGCUCAGCUUAUCCGUCACCGAAGAGUUCACACCGGAGAAAAACCUUAUGUUUGUCAGGAAUGUGGGAAAGCCUUCAGCCAGGGCUCGUGCCUUUCUAUUCACCAGAGAGUUCACACCGGAGAGAAGCCCUAUGUGUGUGGCAAAUGUGGGAAAGCCUUUGCCCAGAAAGCAAAUCUAACGCAGCAUGAGGUAAUUCACACUGGAGAGAAGCCUUACUCCUGCAACGUGUGUGGCAAAGCAUUUGGCCUCAACACUCAUCUCAACCAGCACCAGAGAAUUCACACCCAGGCGAUUCUUUAUCAGUGUCAGAAUUGUCCAAAAGCCUUUCGGUGCUGCUCAAGUCUCAGGCGUCAUCAGCAAAUACACAAGUAACAAGCAGCAAUACCACCUGUCGCUACUGGGUGGCAGCAGAGUCCCAGACAUCUGAGACCAUGCUCAUCUGAGUAGAAAAUCAAACCAUCCUCUUGCAAGCUUCCCUCCAAAUAUAUACAUCUCUUUAUCAAUAAAGAUUGAUUAGAAAGUU